AUGAAGGUUUCAACCAUUUUGACUUUGGCCAUUCAUGCUGCCAACGUUCUCGCUGCGCCGAUCGCUGCCCCGGAGGCUGAUCUCGCUAAAGAUUCCAUCAUAAUCAAGUCAGCCGGUACUUACAAGAGGGACGCGCCCGUGUUGGAUAAAGACUCCAUCAUCAUCAAAUCGGCCGGCACUUACAAGCGUGAUGCCCCUGCUUUGGAAAAGGACUCGAUCAUCAUUAAAUCUGCUGGGACAUACAAGCGAAACUCUGCGUCACUCGAGAAGGAUUCCAUCAUUAUCAAAUCCGCAGGCACCUAUAAGAGAGGCGAGGACGAGAAGCGAGAGCCUACAGAUCUUUCCAAAAACUCCAUUAUCAUCAAGUCUGCAGGCACAUAUUAA